CAGGUCGUGUUAUUUACAUAGGAGGCGGGAUUUAGGCGGAAUUACUCUUGGUUUCCUGUAAAUGUAACACCAGUUUUCUCACGGAAACGCUUUUACUUUCGAUUUUUUUCUUUUCAUAGCCGAGUGUUCUCUCGUUACUCGCACGAGUAUUUUGCUGUUGACACAAAACCAGUCAUGGAAGAUGGCAAUGCAUUGGUUCCGUUGCAGCCAGAGGGGAUUGAGAUUCUGAAAUGCAGUCGUGCUGCAUUUUGCUAUGCACUAGCAGGAAAAUUUGGUUGUACCGCUCAGAUCCACAAUGUGGAGGAUCAUGCAGCUUCAUUGUUUUCCCACGGCAAAACAACCAUUGUGCCUGAGAUUAAGUACAGCAAACAGCUGCCUAAGAGCCUGACGGUGUCAGUGUGGAAAGAUGAUCUUACUACGCAUAAGGCAGAUGCUGUGGUAAAUGCAGCAAAUGAGUAUUUGAGUCAUGGAGCAGGACUUGCUCUAGCUCUGAGUUUAGCUGGAGGUCCUAAUAUCAAGAAGUGGAGUGAGGACAUCAUAAAACAAAAGGGUAAAGUUCCCACAGGUGAAGUUGUUGCAACACCAGCUGGAAAUCUCCCUUGUAAAAUGAUCAUACAUGCUGUUGGACCCUGUGUAUCACCAAAUGCAACAAAUGUGGCACUUAUGGAAGCAUCAAAACUUUUGGGAGAAACUAUUUGGAGCAUCUUACAAAAAGCUAACUUUGAAAACCUACAGUCUGUUGCAAUCCCUGCAAUAAGCUCAGGCCUUUUCAAUUUUCCACUGCAAAAAUGUGCAGAGAUCAUUGUACAAACCGUGAAGGAAUUCAGUAAAAAACGCAAUCCAGGAGCCAGAAGCCUCGAGGUUCGUCUGGUGAAUAACGAUGAUCACUCAGUUCAACAGAUGCAGAGAGCUUGCUGGGAAAUUCUGGGCCCAUCUGACCAAAUAAUGCCAAACCACGACAAUGCACCAACACAGUCUCCAGUCUCCAGUCUGGAUCUGGGGAAUGUGACUCUCCACCUCAAAAAGGGUGCCAUUGAGGAUGAGACAACAGAUGUGAUUGUGAACACGAUUGGCGCCGACUUAGAUUUAUCAAAAGGGCAGGUUUCAGCUGCUCUACUGACUAAAGCUGGCUGGAAGAUUCAAGAGGAAUUAAGACGUACUAAACAUGGAUAUGUUCCUGAGGGUGCUGUUAUUUCAACUACUGGCCAUAACCUGAACUGUAAGGCAGUGUACCACACUGUCUGUGCACCAAAAAGCUUCACUGGCAAUAAGGCCAAUGAGAUUCUUCACUCUGUGGUCACAUCUUGCCUUAGUAAGGUAACUAGUAUUAGGGGUUCAUCCAUAUCUUUUCCUGCUCUUGGGACAGGCAACCUUGGCCUUCAAAAAGAUGAAGUUGCUCAAAUUAUGACCACUGCAGCUGUGGAGUUUUCUAAAAACUAUACAGGCUCGAAAAUAAAAAUAUUAUUCGUGAUUUUUCCAAAGGACACUGUGACACUGAAGGCUUUUGAAAAGGAAAUGGCUUCCACUAACACAAAACUGCAAGCCUUUCAAAGCUCCAGCAGCACCAAUGGCAAAAGUUCAGCUUUUCACGGCAGUCCUUGCAUUGAGCUCUUUGCCCCAUCACCAGAGGCAAUAAGAGAGGCUAAACGAUGGUGUUAUGACAUGCUGCAUUUGUCCUCUGUCAAAUGUCCUCUGAAAAUAUAUAAUAAUCACAUUGUGCACCUGAGUCAGGAGGAUCAUGAAAAGCUGAUGUCCCUUCAGGUUCCACUUAAUGUUAUCAUCACAGAAUUCUUUAGGAAAGGCAAAGGAGGCAUUAUUAUCAAUGGUGACCCUGUAUGGGUCAAUUGUGCAGCAUUGGAGGUGGAAGCCAUGUUAUGUCGGGCCCAAGAGGACUUUGCUCGGCAUGAAGAGGAAGACAUGCAGGGCGAUUUGGAGUAUAUGUAUGUAGUAGACGAUUCUGGGCAACGACAAGAGACUGAGAGGAUGUCAAACAGGUUAUAUCAGAAGACACCCAUAAACCUGGAUGACAGGACUGUAAAAGAAAGGAUGAGAAACUUUACAAAAUGCGGCCUGAGGAUUGUGAAGAUGGAAAAAAUCGAGAACUAUGCUCUGAAGCAGAUCUUCCAGUUGAACAGCAAACGUAUAAAAACUCAACCUCAGCGUCUGUACCAGUGUGUGAAAGCACAGUUCUGUGAUCUGAUUUGCAGAGUGGGCUUCCAGAGGGAAUAUGCACCACCUGAAGAACAAAAGUAUGGAGCUGGUAUAUACUUCACGUCUGAAGUGGACAAAGCAAGAUCUCUGUGGGCAGACAAUGGAGAAGAAUAUAUCUACUUCAUUGAAGCUCAAGUACUCACUGGGAAAGACAAACGUGGUUCAGCAGAACUGAUUGUGCCUCCUCCAAUUGAAAAAGAUCCUCUGGUUCGUUAUGACAGUGUGACCAGUGGGAGCGGCAUUCACAUCAUCUUCAAUGGCCAACAGGCCUACCCUACGUACCUUAUUACGUGCAGCAAAUAAGCUUUGUUUUAGCUAAACUCUCCAUUUUCCACCAAAGCAUUCUGUCUUUACAUUAAAAUAAGGUUUUACAUUACAUUCACCGAGCACCAAUGCCUCAUUCAAGAGUUAAUUAAAGAUGUCAAAAAUGAAACUUAAAGCUUGCUAACCCUAACCAACAAAACUAUUAAAACAGUAAAUAGAUAAACCCAGUAUUUAAUUCAGUGAACUUAAAUUAGUUUUAUUGUUGUACUGAAAAUGAUUUGGAUUAUACUUGCUUAUUGUGGAAACACAAAUGUAAGUUGUUUUGUGUAGCUAAAUUACACACAUGACCUAAGAAAAAAAGUUUAAUUAGUCAAAAAUAAAAAAACAGAAAGAGGACAUCCUGGUGUACAUUUUGAUAUAUAAUGUAAGGCAUGACCUUGCUGAUGUCAAAUCCUCUUUGCAAAACUCUGAGCUGUCAGCUUCUCUUCUCUUCUGGUUUGUUCUGGGCCUGUUCCUUUAAUUGUUUUACUUUAGAUGCUUCUGUUUCAGGGAAUAUUUGUUAAGGGGUGACUUAUAAAUUCAGAUAUUACAGUAAUAUGAGUAGUUUAAACACAUUCUAAUUAUAUAUGUUAUGUUUGAAGUUAAAAAUUAAGAUAUAGCAGGUUACUCUGUUGCAUUUUUAAUGCUGUGGAUUUUCUACUUUCCCCCUGAGUCUCAGCACCACAUGGUUGAAUGGCACAUUUAAGAAUGACAGAAAAUGGGACAGGGGCUGUAUAAAUGUAGGCACUACAUUAAUAAAUUUAUAGAAUAACCUCUGCAAAUUUACAUAUAUAUUAUUUUUGAUUGCACUCUUUUGUGAAGCUAUGGCACAUUUUAUUUUCAUUUUUAAUACUGAGGUUUGGAAGUGUGUGGUGUUUUCUGGUCUGUCUUUGAUUGGAGCAAUAAAAUCUAACAGAUUUCAUAUUCA